AUGGAGACAGACAAGGAGGCAUACGGACAGACAGGGAGGUAUACAGGCAGGAAGACAGUCAGGGAGGCAGACAAAAAUGGAGUCAAACAGACAGGGAGCAAGAUAAGGAGCCAGGCAGACAUUGUGUCAGACAGACAGACAGACAGGGAGGCAGGCAGACAGGGAGGCAAACAGACAUGGAAACAGACAAGGGCCAAGACAGACAGGGAGCCAGAUAGACGACGGACAGACAGGGAGCUAGACGGACAUGGUGCCAAAUUGACAGAGAGUCAAACAGUCACGGAGGCAGACAGACAGGGGGGCAGACAGAGAGGGGGGCAGACAGACAGAGAGGCAGGCAGACACGGAGGCAGACAGGCAUGUAGGAAGACAGACAGUAAGGUAGACAAACAGGGAUACAGACGGACAGGGAGGCACACAGACAGGGAGACGGACAGGGAUCCAGGCAGACAGGGAGGCAAACAUACAGGCAGGCUGGUAGUCAGACAGAGAGGCAGUAAGGCAAAAAGACAGGGAGUAAGCCAGAAAAACAGGAAGGCAGACAGACAGGGAGGCAGACAGACAUGGAGGCAAACAGAGAUGGAGGCAGACUAG